AUGGCGGAUCCUGUGAGGAAUAUUAUCAUCAAACUUGGAAGGAAGGUCCAUUCUCCGGAUACCGCCCUGAAACAUAUAGAGACACUUCUACAGUUGGCUAGGAAGAAGAAGCUUAAGCUCGACCCUCUACUACGAGAUGAAAUUCUGGUGACAGUUAUGUCUAACUACCCAGAGUUCUAUGCUGACUGGUCGGUAGACGACGUAACUGAGCUUCUUGUAAUGGUUGCUGAAGCAGAUGAAGAUGUCUCACCAGUAUCGAUUCCAGAACCGGAUGAUGGAAAUCGGGCAGGGGCAUUCCUACCUGUUGAUCCCUCUAUUCCAUCCUCUGUAUAUGUUUUACCUGCAAAUGUUUCGACUUUGGAUUCUGUGAAAUCCCCUGUAAAUGUUGAUCCCCCAUCUUUGCCUUUGACUGAUAUUUCUGGUGAAAAACAUGAGGUGUUGCAUGUGAAUGUUGAGAAAACAACGACCUCUGAAGAGCCAAAUCCACUAAGUCUGGUUGUUUAUGAUUCUGAGAAAUCUGCUCUGCCUGCAUCUGUGUCUGUGAAUCUCCCUAAAGAACCCUGCACUGCAAUUGAUCCACCUACCUUACCUACUGUUGAAACUGGGUCUUUACCAAGUCACAAAAAGUCUGGGAAAACAGGUGGAAUUCCUGUUUAUGCUGCAAGAACUAUGGAAGAAAACCUGGAACAUGCACGAUACUUUGCUGGGUUACCAACUUCUUCAAUCCCUCAACCUUACCGUGUCAUUCAUCCUUCGAACUCCUCCAGUGAAGACGAUAAGAUUCUAGCCGAGGUGUAUGGAUCCCAAGCACCUUCAUCCGCUGCCCCUACUGUUGAGGAUACUGCUCACACAGAUACCACCAAUUUCAAGAUUCGAGAGAUUGUAAAUGUUGUGGGCAGUCUGUCUGCGAAUGUGUCCAAUUCAAGCCACUCGGUGACUCCGAUUCCAUCUCCAACCAAAGAAACUAGAAGAACCAAAAGGAAAAAUGUCCCGACAAAAGUGGUUGUUGAAACCAGUGCUGAUACUGCUGAUGUUGACCAACCUGCAAAGAAGAGAAAGCCGAGUGAAUCUGGUAAGCCUGAAAGUGAUCCGCCAAUUCAACAGGUGUUUAAGACUCUACGAUCAUCAGUUAAGCCCAAAGGAUCUUCUGAUGUACCAUCUGCUUCUGUACCAGCCCCUUCUUUUGUAUCCUCUGCUGCACAGAACAAAUGGGCCAAAAUGGUCAGAAGGGAACUCAUUGUUCAACGAACGGUGGAUAGUGAAGUUGGGUUGCUGAAAACAGUCACAGAUGUCUGCCCUUACUCCAAGCUGCUAACUUAUGAGUUCUAUUGCAAUCUCAGUGAUGAGAUUGAUGAUCUUGUGGGGCCACGACCAAUGCAAAUCUUUAUCAGAGGUAGGUGGUAUGUCUUUGGACCAGAUAUGAUCAAUGAUUACUAUGGUUUGCCUGCGGUACAAGAGGAGGAUAUUACUGAUUGGAAUUUGGUGGCCAAAACUCUUACUGGUGGUCAGACCACAUCUUGGCCUACUGGAGAUAAGGAUUACUUGCUAAGCUCACAUCUCACGUCAAAAUAUGUCAUCCUACAUCGUCUGGCUCUGCACAACUGGCUUCCAUCUGCUCAUUUCAACACAGUUGGAAAGCUUCUUGCAGGAUUUUUAUUUCGGAUUGGCACCAAGAUGAAGCUUGAUCUGGGAAAGUGGAUUUAUUAUCAUAUUUUGACUCUGACUCAUCCCAGGGAGCAAAAGGUAAGGCUGCCCUUCCCAAAUCUAAUCUUUGGAAUACUUACUUCUCAGGGACUUAAACCUAUGACCAGUGAAGUCAUCAGCCCAACACUGCUUUAUACUCUCGACAAACGACUACUAUCUGGAGACCAUAUCAAGGAUGUAGUCCCUGUCACUGCUCCAACAAAUUCAGAACUUGAGACUGUGAAUGAUGAGUCCCUGCAUGACAAGGAUGUGAAGCUGUCUGAACAGUUGAAGGCGCGAGUUGCUAAGCUUGAAACGGUGCACGGUAUCAUUGCCAAACAGCUGACAGGUUCACGAACUGAACUCGCCACUGUCCUUCUUCGCAUGAGCCUGACUGAAUCUGCUGCUGCUGUGGACCCUGAGAAGACUGACAGUGACUCUCCCUCAAAUGUCUGA